AUGGGCCCGCAAGAGGGAGGCGCGCCCGCCGCCGCCGGCAGCCCUUCUUCGACGACUCUGCUGCAGAGCACGAACCUCACCCUCCGCACCCUCCCCGCCAACUCGUACCUCGUCCACGCCACCAACUGCCUCGGCGUCUGGGGCUUCGGCAUCGCCGCCGAGCUGGGCCGCAUGUACCCCGCCGCGCGCAAGGAGUACGAAGAAUUCUGCCGCGCCGCCGCCGAGAACGCGUCGCAGCGGUGGCCGCCCCGCGACGCGCUCAUCGGCAGGUGUCUCGUCAUCCCGCCGCAGGAGAGCGACGUCGCGAAGGGCUCGCCGCGCGUGUCCAUCGUCUGCCUCUUCACGAGCCACGGGUACGGGCGCGCGAGCAAGGUCUCGGGCAAGCCUGGGCGCGACAGCCCGAGUGCGAUCCUGGCCGCGACGAGGCGGGCGCUGGUCGGUUUCAGGGAGCAGCUGGAUGCGGAGAGGGGGAGGGCGGAGGGCUGUCUGGUGUACUCGCCAUUUUUCAAUGCUGGGGCUUUCAAGGUGCCGUGGGAGAAGACGGCGAGGGUGAUUGAGGAGGAAUUCAAGGGGUGGGGUGGGAAGUGGCUUGUGCUGACACCGCCGAAGUGA